AUGGAGCAGCGUCUGCUUGCUCUUAGUGAUGAUUCUAAAGUCAAGUUCUGGCUUUCUUCGAAACACCAAGGUCCAGGAACCAGUGCGCACUCUGAUAAAUUAAGGCUACCCCCAUGGCCUAGAGAUGUUCCGUCGGUGAAGGGGAAUUCGGUCAGCGUCGCAAACGCGAAGGAGAAGUACUCCAAGUUCAUCGAGGUAAUCGAGCCAUUGCCCUCGACCAGCCACACUACCAUAGUGGUGAACAACGAGAUGAAGGGGCGCUGGGCUGGGUGGUUACCCGGGAUGGAGUGCGAGAGCAACGGCUCGGGCAACCCCUCGUGUAUGGCCUUCAACUUGUGCGGACCCUCGGUCUUCUUCGCGGUGAAGAGGAAGUGGGAACCGGGUUUUGAGUGCGUACUAGAACACGGCCCUCCUCAUCGUCCUCGGCAUGUUGCUCGGCUCCGCGCUCAUGGCUACCUCCACGAUCUCGAGCAUAGACGGGUACGAGACCGUGAUCUCGAGUGGGGCCCCGGCAGCCGCAUGGCCCCAUUCCUGUACAGAGACAGCGAGGUAGCCCUGGUCCCGUCCAGUGACGUCUAAACUUUCAGCCUCGUGGACUCGUUUGUGGUCAGAGACGCGGUUGCACAGGUUGCCAUGUUCAUACGCCUGCGGUAGGUCCCCAACAUCGUAACGAUCUCUUGUGGAACUGGGAAGUUCUAGGCAUGUAAGAAGGUCAAGAAGGACGUUAAACGUGAAGUCACGAAAUGAUUGAAGGAGCUCAACGAGGGUAUAGCUGAGUGAGCGAUUUGAAUCCGUGGAGAACGGUGACGAAGUUCGUGCUCCCGGUAAUAUCAAGACUUGGAUUCCAAAAGCAUAAAGGG